AACGUGAGCAGGGCAGAGCUGCUCUGGGAAGUAUUUGGGGCAGUUCUCUGGCCUGUGCCAUCCUACAUGGUCUCUAGUUAUGGAGUCCUGCCUUGAGUGACACUGGCAGCGGGUUUUACACAAGCUAUUUCCUAGCUGGCCGCACGCAAGGGAGCAAUUACUGGCUGUUCCACUCUUGGCUUUGAGAGGGGAGCGUGGUCUAAUGGUGCUGGCCUGGAAUUUGGGUUUGCAGAGCAGAUGUGGCUGCUUGUGCCUAGGGAGGGGGAGAUGGCUCAGAGGCUCAUCUGCAGGGGAUGCUACACAGAAAGGGGGGCCUGCCAGCAGGGAGGAGAUCCUGUCAGCUGGCACCCGGAGCCAGCCAAUGGGGUUGGAUUACGCAAGGUCACGACUUGUCUGUACAAGUUCCCGGGAAAUACAAGCCUCCAAGAAAAUUUCAACCAUUGUCCCCGUGUGUACGGAAGGGGACAGACGCAUUUAGCAGCUGCUACUCGGACCAAUGUGGGGACUGAUCUUUCUUGGGUCCCUCUGGCUGGCCGCAGGGUGCGGACAGGUGGCAGGGCCUGGAGCCUGUCGCCUCUAUAACCUGUCUGUGCCUGAAGGCUCCUCUGGGCAUGUUGAAAUUAACAUACCUAAGAAUAUACCGGUAUCUACUUUGUAUAAGAUGCAAACCACCAUCGCGGCCGCCGCCUCCGACUCUGCUUGUCACUCCAUCCUGUUGUUAACUAAUCAAGGAAAGCGGAAUUACUACAACAGCACGUACCGGGGACGGAUCUCUCUAUCAGACCGGCUCCUCUUUACUGUGAAGAAUGCAAGUGAAUGGAUGGCAGGAGAAUACCAAGUCAUUACUGACCUUUCUAAAACCUGCACGGCUCGUAUCAAUCUGACGGUGCCUGGUCCUGUCUCAUUCCCACCGCCUAUAUCUGAGACUCCCGCUGCCAGCCCAACUGGAGAGGGAAGUAGCCGAGGGAUGCUUUCCAAUGGCUCUCCUGAGGGAGAGCCAAGAAGCCACUAUGGCGUGUGGAUAUCAUUGGGGUUCAUCACUGCUUUGUUUACUGCUACUGCACUUUAUGUCUGCUGGAAACAUGGGAGAGAAGGACCAGGAACCCGUCAUGGUUGUGAAGAGGAAGGGAUCUCGGACUCAGCAGAUACCUGUUUACAUGCUGGCCUGUGUCUCACAUUGGCACGAGGCUGGAACCUGAGAUGGAGAGGCUGGUGAGGAGAUCCCACUGAAUGGAGAGGUGGUACAGCCCCGGGAACUGAGCUGGCUGCCCCAAUGUCGCCGAGAGGCAACACUUUAAUAGCGUUGAAUGGCUGAGGUGCAGGCGCCUCCUGUGUGUAUGUUGACCAGCUUUGAUCAUUGCACUAGCCUGGAUGUGACUUCUCCCCAUGUGAGGCCAGGGAUGCCCUUGCACUUAAGGCUCUGGUCUGGGACACCUGGGUCUUCCACCAACCCCCUGUCUAUGGGUGAGUCUCUCAGGGCUGAAUAUUCAAGAGCUCAGACUGUGAGUGGGUGUUAAUCCGAAGGCUCAUGCUGUUGCCUAACUGGGAAUUGAGCUACUCUGAAAAUCUGGCCUUCUACUGUCCUGUGCCUUAGUUUCCCAUCUUUACAAUGAAAUACUCCUCCAUGUAGCUUGUAAGGCUACGAAUCUGUGAUGGAGCUCACAGACACUGAGAUUCUUUUUUU